AUGGAAGAAACAAGGAAGCUGUCUCCAAAGCCAUGUAAAAGCAAAGAGCCUGUGAAAACAGAAUGGGGGGCUCAGAGUGUUGUUUUCACCUAUUUCCAAGGGGAUAUUAACAGUGUGGUAGAUGAGCACUUUUCUAGAGCUCUAAGCAAUGCCAAGAACCCACAAGACCUGAGCACAAAGCACAAGGGGGAGGCUGUUGUCCUGAAGAAUGACAGCAUGUCUCCUCAUCAGUGGCCUUUCUCUUCUCGCUGCCCCAAAUCCUAUCCAUCACCUUCUGCGGCCAGCCUGUCGCACUCUGGGCUGGAUUUCCCUGCUGCUGCUCCUGCAGGCCAGUACCAGCCAGCAGCUCUGCAGAGCCAGCCCACUCCACCUGGGCAUUUGUGGCCCUUCCCUUCCCUUGGGACUCCCAACCUCAGCAGCUCCAGCUAUCAUCAUGCCUUGCCUGACCUGCACGCGGUGGAGGAAUCCAUCUCCGACAGGAAAUAUGGUUCCCUCCUCGGGCUUCUGCAACAGGAAAGGUGCCUAACAGCCAUGCAGGAAUGCACCAUGAAGCAACACUCCAGUUCUUCUUGUAUGACUGGACCUGCCAGGUCACAAAAUACAAGUCAAAGUUCAGCUCCUGGGGGAGAGAGGAAAGCAAGCUCUUACCAAGGCUCAGAAAAUCCCACUGUAAGCCAGACCAGUGCAGGUGUUCAGAUUCACAACAGAAGACAAGAUUUAUACUUUUAG